GCGGGGAAUACGGGUGAGAGCGGAGCAGGGGAUGGGCUCUCCCCUUCACAGAUAAUGGGAGGAUCCCGGACGCAGGGAGGUCUUUCCUUUCGGCGCUUGCGGCCGCAGCCAUGAGUAUGCUCAGGCUUCAGAAGAGGCUUGCCUCCAGUGUCCUCCGCUGUGGCAAAAAGAAGGUCUGGUUGGACCCCAACGAGACCAACGAAAUCGCCAAUGCCAAUUCCCGUCAGCAGAUCCGAAAACUGAUAAAAGAUGGGCUGAUCAUCCGGAAGCCUGUGACUGUCCAUUCCCGGGCUCGGUGCCGGAAGAACACUUUGGCCCGCCGGAAGGGCAGGCAUAUGGGCAUUGGUAAGAGGAAAGGUACUGCCAAUGCUCGAAUGCCAGAGAAGGUAACCUGGAUGAGGAGGAUGAGAAUUCUGCGCCGGCUGCUCAGAAGAUACCGUGAGUCUAAGAAGAUUGAUCGCCACAUGUAUCACAGCCUGUACCUGAAAGUGAAGGGUAACGUGUUCAAAAACAAGCGGAUUCUCAUGGAACACAUCCACAAGCUGAAGGCAGACAAGGCUCGCAAGAAGCUUCUGGCUGACCAGGCUGAGGCCCGCAGAUCAAAGACCAAGGAGGCUCGCAAGCGCCGUGAAGAGCGGCUCCAGGCCAAGAAGGAGGAAAUCAUCAAGACUCUGUCCAAGGAGGAAGAGACCAAGAAAUAAAACUCCCUCUCUUUUGUCUGUACAUAGUGGCCUCGGCAAUAAGACAGAUCAGUUAUUCAAUAAAACAAACUUUUAUCUGCC